AGCUUUGUCAUGUGAUGGAAAGCAGUUGUAAGACAGGUGCCCUCGGUUCAUUGUCAGUGAGGGGCGUCCGGGAACGAGUGGAUUUUCUCUUUUGCCCGUGUUUUCUUUUUUCGUGCCGUCAUUCAGGGGCUGGAUGGCGUGGGACAGGUGUAAUCAAGAUUCGGUGUGGAGAGAACUAGAGUGUGCUGCCUUGGUUGGUGAAGACCAGCCCCUUUGCCCUGACCUGCCUGAGCUUGACCUCUCUGAGCUGGAUGUCAGUGACCUCGAUGCAGAUAGUUUUCUGGGAGGACUCAAGUGGUACAGCGACCAAUCAGAAAUCAUUUCCAGUCAGUAUGGCAAUGAAGCAUCGAACCUGUUUGAGAAGAUAGAUGAGGAAAAUGAGGCCAACUUGCUGGCAGUGCUCACAGAAACACUGGACAGUAUCCCAGUGGAUGAAGACGGGUUGCCUUCGUUCGAGGCCCUGGCAGAUGGGGACGUGACCAAUGCCAGUGAUCAGAGCUGUCCUUCCACCCCAGACGGCUCGCCUCGCACCCCAGAGCCAGAGGAGCCUUCAUUGCUGAAGAAGCUCCUCCUGGCGCCUGCUAACUCCCAGCUCAGCUAUAAUCAAUACCCAGGUGGCAAGGCACAGAACCAUGCAGCCAGCAACCAACGGAUCAGACCAACACCUGCUGUUGCCAAGACAGAAAACCCCUGGAACAGCAAACCACGAGGGUCCUGUCCCAACCGUUCCAUGAGACGUCCUUGCACUGAGCUGCUCAAGUACCUCACUUCUAGCGACGAGGCCUUCCAGACCAAAGCCAGGGAAGCCAAGAGCACCUGGACAGGUUGUGGCAAGGACAGGGGAGGGGCUUGCACGUCCUCCUGCUCAUCUUCUUCCUCUCCAUCGUCCUCGUCCACCUCCUCUUUCUCCUCCUUGUCUUCCUGCUCCUCUUCCACCGCCUCCAAAAAGAAGACGUCCUCUGCCUCCCCUUCAUCACAGCAGCAGCAGCAGCAGCAGCAGCUGGCAGUGCCGGCCCAGCGAGGUGAGAGCCAGGCAGCCGGCACGUGUAGUGUGGCUGGUGAGGGGGCGGGGAAGUGGCGGCGGUGUACUCAAGGGGGGCACUCCGCUCCCGUUGCGCUGUCCCAUGGAAGCGGUUGUGGCCAUGCCUGCUCCGGCGAAGAGGGAAGGCCGCCAGGCCUGCAGCCAGGUGUUGACCCAGGCAGCUUGGCCGCUGCCCGCUUUAUUAGGUACAUGCACUCUUACUCUCUCCCGCCUAGAGAGACGGGUCAUGCAGGCAGCUGUGGUCAUUGCCUUGAGGCGGGCGGCUUGGCUGAGGCUGGCCGUCCUAAUAGGCACGUUACGGUGACCAUUAGGAAAAGGAGGCAAGAGCUAGAGCACCCCAUGCUCAGUCAGCUGCUCACCUCCAGGCCCAGGCCAGCCCGUUACCGGGCUCACCUGCAGUUGCCCCAGAAUAAAAGGCGAGACCUACCAGACACGGCUUCUAGAGUCCAAAAGAGCCACAAAAACUUAGAGCGAGCUAGUCGUGAGCGCCCUAGAGACCAGUGCAAUCUUAAGUGUUCGGCAGAGAUUAAAUUAGACCUAGAGAGCUGGUAUAGCAUGCCAGAACAGGUGACAGGAGACAGCUUGCAUGAUCCGGUGGGCCAAGCCAGGGAGGAUGUUUUUGAUGAUGUCAUAGGCAGCCCCAUGUCAUUCUCACAGGGCUUGCCAAGCCCAUUGUUCCCCGACUCUUUAGUUCCAGAGUUCACGCCCUCCGACUCACAAAAACAGGCACUCCGCAGGCACCUCGAUGACCAAGUCCCACCAAUGUUAGCCAAACCAACCAUCUUGCCACUUCCUUUGACCCCAGAGUCUCCAAAUGACCACAAGGGAUCUUCGUUUGAGAACAAAACCAUUGAACGCACAUUGAGUGUGGAGAUCUGUGGAACCCCAGGUCUGACACCACCUACCACGCCUCCUCACAAAGCCAGUCAAGAGAUCCCUUUCAAAGUAUCACUCAAAAACAAGCUGUCUUCAUGCUCUCCCUCGGCCCUGACAAGCAAAAGGCCCAGGCUUAGCAAUGAGGGCUCUUGCCCUCAGCCAACCAGUGGCUCUAUUCGGAAGGGCCCAGAGCAGACUGAGCUGUAUGCCCAGUUGAGCAAGGCCUCCUCUACAAUGCGCCCAGGAGUUUUGGAGGAGCGUCUGGGCAAGCGGCCCAUGCCCCGCGUCUUUGGUGAUCACGACUAUUGCCAGUCUACAAGCACAAAACGAGACAGUACCACCAUAGCUGCAGCGGUAACUGGGCCAAUGGAGGGCCGGCAUGUGGAAUGUAAAGACUCAAACAUGCCGACCUCCUCUAUUUCUACAUCUUCAUUGUCUUCCGCCUCCCCUUCUUCUUUUUCCCUGGCCAGGCAGCUUCAAGGCCUUUCCUCCAAAGCUCAGGAGGCUUGUCCGGAUACGGAUGCUCACAGACAGGACCGCGACUCCACUUUGGGCUCCAAAACAUCAACAGAUGACAGUUCUGCUGGCAGGAAACUACUUAGGGACCAGGAAAUCCGCAAAGAACUCAACAAGCACUUUGGAAAGCCUCAACAAGCCUUCUAUAGCGGGGUAGUGGGAGAGCAGAGGGGCAUCCGGCCUCUCGAGGAAAGUGACUCUGGGGACGAGUACCCUGGUCUUCUCGAUGAGUACAUACACCCGGGUCUGCCUGACUUUGAGGACCUGGAGGUAGGCCGGGAGCGCCUGCUCUACUUGGGAGAAGGUUCUCCACUCGAGCUGUUCCUAGAAGGGUCGCCCUCCAGCUCCCCUUCCAGCAGUUCAUUCUCAUGGAGCUCCGUCUCACCUCCUUCCUCUCAACUCUCCCCACAGCACCACCGCUGGCCACGCUCCAUCUCCCGCUCCCAUUCCUCAUCUCACCACAGACGCAGAUCACGCUCCAGGUCUCCGUACUCCUGCUCCGAGUCACCCGACACCCGUUCUCCCUCUUGGUCUCCUCACAAUUUGGGCGAUAGCACUUUUAUUCCCAGGAUUUAUAGAAGCCCUCAGUCCCAGGCUCAUUUUAUUUUUGCCCGGAGACCCAGGUAUGACAGCUAUGAGGAAUACCAGCACGAGCGUCUGAAACGGGAAGAGUACCGACGUGACUAUGAGAAACGGGAAUGUGAGAGGGCUGAACAGAGGGAGAGACAACGCCAAAAAGCAAUAGAGGAGAUGCGAGUGGUGUAUGUGGGACGUCUCCGUACCGACAGCACACACACAGAGCUCAAGCGCCGCUUUGAAGUCUUCGGCGAGAUUGAGGAGUGCACAGUCAACUUGAGACAUGACGGGGAUAACUUUGGCUUCAUCACCUACCGCUACACUUGUGAUGCGCUCGCUGCCCUUGAGAAUGGACACACCUUGUGCAGGUCAAAUGAGCCUCACUUUGAGCUCUGCCUUGGUGGACAAAAGCAGUACAGUAAAUCGAAUUAUACAGACUUAGAUUCCCAUUCUGAGGACUUUGAUCCAGCCUCCACUAAAAGCAAGUACGACUCCAUGGAUUUUGACAGCUUGUUGCAGGAGGCCCAGUAUAGCCUGAGAAGGUAAUGAGCUGCACCGGCUGGCUGCAAAGAGAGGGAUUUGCAAUACCUCACUGUUGUUUCUGUUCUUUGAAUACAAGACUACAAGACUUUUACACUUUAUCAAAGUGGAAAGAGUAUAUGUGGAUUAAAAAGCUCUACGUAUAUGAAGGGAUAUAUAUGUAUAUCUGCAAGCAAAGUUUACACGAACCUAGCUGCUGCAACACUGAGGAGAAACUUUCCCUGCGGGAAUAGCCAGUGAAGUAGUGGACACUACUUUAGUGGACUACACAGAUACGUGUGCCGCGUGAGACUCUGGAAGAGACACGAAUCUUCGUCAGAGUUCGCUCCACACGCCGCAUCAACCUCGGCACUUUGAAGAGUGCAGCUCGUUCAG